CUGUGCUUUUAGGUUCAACUGAGGAUCAUAUUUUUGUUCCUGUGUCAACGUAGAGAAGAAAAGAAGAACAGCAAUCAGUAGCCAGACCCGGCUAAGUUUUCAUCGAAGAUAGUUUUUUUUUUUCUCAACCCAAGACUCUGUUAGAAAAGCCUCUUUAUAUCUGACAUCAGCCAGACAACCACCGCCCUAGCAGAGCUCCUUUUUGAAGAUGAACUCCAAUGUGGAGAAUUUGCCCCCUCAUGUUCUUCGCUUGGUCUACAAAGAGGUUUCAGCUUUAGCAGCAGAUCCACCUGAGGGUAUCAAGAUUUAUCCCAGCGAAGAGGACAUAACAGAACUUCACACAGCCAUAGAGGGACCAGAGGGAACUCCAUUUGCUGGCGGCAUUUUCCGAAUGCGUCUGGUCCUCGGGAAGGACUUCCCUGCGGGUCCACCCAAGGGGUAUUUCCUGACCAAGAUUUUUCACCCCAACGUGGGUCAUAAGGGAGAGAUCUGUGUCAACGUGCUGAAGAGGGACUGGAAGGCAGAACUUGGCCUCAGACAUGUCUUAUUGACAAUCAAGUGUCUUUUAAUCCAUCCGAACCCAGAAUCGGCUCUGAACGAAGAGGCUGGCCGCUUGCUGUUAGAGGACUAUGCAGAAUACGAGUCCCGGGCCCGCCUGCUCACAGAGAUCCACGCCAUGGGCGGCACCUCUGGGGCACCUCAGGACCCUAAUGACGGCCCUCAGCCAAAGAAGCACGCAGGCGACCCGAUGAAGAGAGCGGGACCCAGUGCGGCAUCUGUGCCAGCAGCUCUGGGUAAUGGAGCUAAUGGAGCCAGCACCACCACCAGCAAUAGCAACAGUAGUAGUAGUAGUAGCACUAAUAAUGUAGCAGGGAAAAAGAAAGCAGAUAAAAAGCGUGCAUUGAGGCGACUUUAAUACCUCAGUGGGUGUGUGCAUGUGUUUGUGUGAAUGUGAGAGAGUAAAUUUAAAUAUUGAAGUAUACUGAUUAUGUUUUUUGUUCCCUUUGACUCUUUAUACCCUCAAAUCCAGACUCUGUUUUUCCACCAGUUUGGCUUAUCCUGUUGGUAUCACAGGUUUAAUUCUUUCCAUACCUGAAGACGGUGAGAAAUUUUCUUUUUUGAGAUGAAAUAAUACACUUUCAGUGUAAAAAAAAAAAAAACUAAAAAAAAAAAAAAAUGCCGUCAGUUGUGCUUUUCCUUUGGCCUACUGUGAAUGAAUGACACUUAAUGAGAUUCACUGUGCAAAACAUGGCCUCUGAUGUGUGUCCAUUAUUGAGAUAUAGCUCCUGUCCUCUCAGACUUAAUAGCAGCCAUUUUUAAAGUGUUUCUUGGUAAAAGCAGCUGUGAUGGUACUGUGUACUGCACAGCCUGACUCAUUGUUGAGUCUAAACCAAGAUGUUACCUUAAAGUCAGGUUUUUAAAUUCAGCUCAAAGGUAAUAAUGGAAAGAAGCCCCUAAAAUUAUGCAACGUUCAAAUUGUAUUUUUCAUAUUGUGAUUCGAAUGAGGUAAAGGUGUAAAGGUAUGGAGCGUUUCAAGUAUAGAAAGUCUGUUAAUUUUUUUUUUUUUUCUUUUCUAAAACUGUUUCACUGACGAGUAUUUUCAAAAGCUGUUUUUAAUUGACAUAAUAUUCAGCUGUCUCGUGGUUGUGUGUGAAGAUGUAGCUCAGUGGCUGUAAGGGAACAGGGUAGAUUGCAACUUUUUAUAUACAUUAAAAAAAAAAAAAAAUCAUCUGUUCUCUGUAUUUAAGCAUACUGUGGUGUGACUCGCUUCAACUACCCCUGCUUCCUUACAAAGCAGUAUGUGCUCUCAGAUACACUGCACUCUGACCAGCCGUGUGGGUACCAGAGACGACACCUGGCUAGUUUGAAAGAAAUUGUCCCUCCAUUCGUGGCAACUGCAGGGUUUCUUGGGCAGAUUUUCUUUGUUCUUAAAUGCAUGCGGGGCCUACAUUUCCCAAGGAAACACACUGAAGCGCUGUUUUAAUUUGGAUGGAAAAGGUGCCUCUGAAACUCCUGUUACUGUGCAGACUGUUUGGCUGGAUAUUUUGUGUCCAUUUUAAAUUAUUUAAAUUAAUAAAAUGUUGAAAU